AUGAGCCUGGUGCGGGAUGAGAUGCUGCUGCUGCACGUCGCCUUAGUGGAGCAGGAGGAGGAUGAAGACGAAGACGAGGAAGGGUCCGAGGAGGGGACCGGCGGCAGCAGCGGCUCCUUCCUCAGUGUGCUGAUGGGCGUAUCGGCCAUCACCGGUCUGAUGGGCACCGUCAUGUUUACGAGACUGAGGAAGACGUACGGUCUGAUCAACACGGGCAUCAUCUCCAGCUGCCUCCACCUGGGCUGCUUGCUCCUGUGCGUGUGCUCCGUCUUUGCCCCCGGCAGCCCCAUGGAUCUUAGCUUGCUCAUGCCCUACUUUACCUCAAACUCCUCCUCGGAGGUUGGAGGCAUGGCGAACCAAAGACAAAAACACACUUCUGCUUCGAGGGGGGGCAGCAAUCAACCACUUCUACCCGACCGUUCCUCCAUCCACUGGACCAACAACACUGUGCUUUUUGACAACGUGCCCUCCGGUAGCGCGCCAGAAUCUUACACCUCCAUUAUCCUCUUGUUCAUGGGAGUCAUCACGGCACGCAUCGGUUUGUGGUCCUUUGACCUGACAGUCACCCAGCUGUUGCAGGAGAACAUCUGUGAGUCCGAGCGAGGUGUUGUAAAUGGGGUGCAGAGCUCUAUGAAUUACCUGAUGGACCUGCUCCACUUCAUAAUGGUCAUCUCUGCUCCACAGCCACAGCAUUUUGGUAUCCUAGUUCUCAUUUCUGUGCUCUUCAUCACCACUGGACACACAAUGUACUUCCUGUAUGCGCACAAAGCCAAGAGAAAACGUCGCCUGGACACCUAAAAGGGGAGACAAGGCCCCCAAAUGCAAGCACGAGAUGCUUUACCAGCACCGAGUCCGCUCUGACCAUGUGAAAUGAAUGUGUCCCUCCCGUUCCGUGACUUAGCCAUUCAUUUCCGCACACCACAGCCAGAGUCUCUGUCUCACCUCAGCUGCUUCCUCCCUGCAGGGCCUGCAUGCGAUAAAGCAGCAAACCAGAACUCAGGUGCAAUAGAAUGGGAGCAACAGUGUAUCAUGAAUAUGAAUGGCCGCUAUAAAUGCAGCAAUGAAACCUCCGGGGGCGAUGUCCUAGUGGAAUUUACAACAGGAGUAAACCCCAAAGGAUUACCGCAAGGCUUUCAAUGAACCUUUGAAAGCUUUCGCUAUGAAAGUGGAUGGAUGAUGACAUUUUUUUUAAACUGCAUGUACAAAAGAACCGCUGUUGUGAAGCAAACGCUGAUGCAUUGCUAAGAAAGACGGGCAUUAUACAAGACGGUACUGAUCCACCCACUUGGAAAUAUUCCAGGAUUUCCAAUUAAGGAAAAUAAAGGGAAUUGCACAUGAGAUCAUAUGAAAUAAACCCCAAAUA